AUGGGUGGUAUCCUUCACUUGGUCGAGGACCGGCCAACGCCAAGAUCGGUCUACAAUUGGAGGGUUUAUGCCCUCGGUGUCAUCGCUUCAUGUGGCUCUAACAUGAUCGGGUACACAAGUGCCUUCAUUGGUACUACAAUCACCCUCACGUCGUUUAAGAAGGAGUUCGGUCUCGACCAUAUGUCCAAAAGUCAGCAAGACUUGAUCAGUGAAAAUGUCGUCUCCCUGUUUGUUGCCGGUGCCUUCUUCGGUGCUAUUUUCACCUACGGCCUCGCUCACUGGGUUGGCCGCAAAUACUGCCUGACCCUGGCUUCCGCCACCUUCAUCCUCGGUUCCGGGUUGACAUGUGGUGCCGACAGCAACACGGGUAUUGGAAUUCUCUACGCUGGACGUGUCUUGACUGGUCUAGGUACUGGUAUCGCCUCUAACACCGUUCCUAUCUACCUGGCCGAACUGGCACCGCCCGCUAUUCGAGGCCGUCUCGUCGGUCUCUACGAGCUGGGCUGGCAGAUUGGUGGCAUGGUCGGCUUCUGGAUCAACUACGGUGUGGAGCAGACUUUGCCCGAGGACCAUGAGCAGUGGCUCAUUCCAUUUGCCGUGCAGAUUAUUCCGGCCGGUCUGCUGUUCGUUGGCUCUCUGUGGAUGCGCGAGUCCCCUCGCUGGCUCUUCCUUCACGACAAGCGCAAGCAGGCCAUGAAGAACCUUUGCUGGAUCCGCCAAUUGGAGGCUUCCGAUAUCUACAUUACUGAAGAGGUUGCUGCCAUCGAUCAGGCCCAUGAGCACCAGAAGUCUACUGUCGGUCUUGGUUUCUGGCAACCCUUCAAGUCCCUUGCCGCUCGUCCUAACCUGAUGUGGCGUCUCUUCCUUGGCUGCAUGCUGUUCUUCUGGCAGAACGGAUCUGGAAUCAACGCCAUCAAUUACUACUCGCCUACUAUUUUCACGAGUAUCGGUGUGCAAUCCGACACCCGCAACAUCUUGACUGGUGUCUUCGGUGUGGUCAAGGCCGUCAUGACGAUCGUCUGGUUGCUGUUCCUGGUCGAUCAACUCGGAAGACGGAAGCUUCUUUUGAUCGGUGGUAUCACUGGUUCUGUCUGCAUGUGGGCCAUCGGUGCAUACAUCUACAUUGUGGACCCUACGCACAACCCUAGCGACCACCUCAACGGCGGUGGCAUCGCCGCCAUUUUCUUCUUCUAUUUGUGGACUGCCGUCUACACGCCCACCUGGAACGGUACUCCAUGGGUCAUCAACUCGGCCUUCACAACCGCCAGUAACUGGCUCUUCAACUUUCUCGUCUCCCGCUUCACCGAACAGAUGUUCGAAGCCAUGGGAUAUGGAGUGUACUUCUUCUUCGCUUCCUUGUCCUUCCUCGCCUUUUUCUUCGCAUUCUUCCUCAUCCCAGAGACCAGUGGUAUCCCUCUUGAGAAGGUUGAUCGUCUCUUCAUGAUCAAGCCGGUCUGGAGGGCCAACGAGAAGCUCAAGGCUGAGCUGCAGGCUGAAGAAGAGCAGUUCCGAUUCGAUGUCAAGGAAAACCCGGUUCACCAAGAGAACUUGAACCGUGAUGAAGAGAGCACAUAG